AUGGUGACGUCUUUCCAGUCUUUUACUGGACAAAACAUUCUUACAACCUGUUUGCCUUUUCUAGUGGGAUAUUCGACAGUUGCUCUUAAUCAUGUCAUCGAUUUUAAAGAAAAGAAACAGGAAAUCGUCAAGCCAGUAUCUCCUUCAGAGUUGUUUCCAUCUUUGCCUGUUGUACAAGGGACAUCUAAACGAAUUAAAGUCUUAAACCGGCUAACACUUGUUGUUUCUGAUCCUUCCCAUUGUAAUCUCUUGAGAUCAACAUCUACAAAUAUAAGGUUAUAUGACAUCAUAGCAGUAUUUCCUAAGACUGAGAAACUGUUCCAUAUUGCUUGCACAACUCUAGAUGUGGAUCUGGUAUGCAUAAAUGUAACAGAAAAGCUGCCAUUCUACUUCCGAAGACCCCCUGUGAACGUGGCGAUAGAUCGAGGCAUUUACUUUGAACUUCUUUACACGCCUGCCAUCAAAGACUCCACAAUGAGAAGAUACACAAUUUCAAAUGCGAUCAGCCUGAUGCAGAUCUGCAAAGGAAAGAACAUUGUUAUGUCUAGUGCGGCUGAAAGGCCUUUAGAACUACGAGGUCCUUACGACGUAGCUAAUCUAGGUUUGCUGUUUGGCAUGUCAGAAAGCGAUGCCAAGGCAGCUGUGUCUACCAACUGCAGAGCCACCCUGCUUCAUGGAGAAACACGGAAGAGUGCCUGUGGGGUAGUAUACACAGUGAAGAAGCCUCGCAAAGUUGAGGAGGAAGAAAUGACACUGCCAGCCUGCAAAAAGGCCAAGACUCAAGGUUGAGAACUGAACCAAUUGUCAACAGGAACCUCUACCCCAUCUUUUACCUAGUGCUGUGUCUUCCUCCCACCUCCAGCUGGCUCAGUUCCUCACUUCCUAUUUCAUUUAGUCUGGAGAUCAAUUAUUCUUCUGGUGUUCAAGUGAGAGAGCUGUGGGAAUAGGACUGCUGAAUAGUUCACCACAUCUGAAAGAUCAUCCUCUGCUGGGCUUCUGGCCAAGGCUGGGAUAGCACCUCUCCGCCCUGUCACAGCUCUUCUGGAAUUGGGGCAAACUCCACACAACGCUUCUAACAUGUGGGAAUUUUCAGUUGUAUGUUUUUUUUUUAUUAUUAAAAAUAUUUUCAAGAACACAUCCAUUUAAAGUCUAGCUCUUGUGGCUUCUCAGGUUUUAAAAUGCAUCUCUGUACUAAACCUUACAACUGCAAGUGAGUAGAUAAAAGUUCCUUUCAGUGGCCUAUGAGGAAUAACUGUGCAGUAAAAAAAAAGUGCUUCCCCUUCUGUUUUGGAGUCAGGGACUGUAAAGAAGAUCACAGCAUCUGUCACUUCUUAGGAGAUGCCUUGGAUUUGUAUUACAGCAGCACCGACUGACCUGACCCGCUAGACCUACUGCAUGUGCACAUCCAAAGGCUGUCCUUGUCCUGAAGGACUUAAAACCAAGCAGUAACAUGAGACAGUUAGCACAGAUGGAAAGGAAGAGCCCAAGGUUACACCGAAUGUGUGCUCAGUGUGAUAAGUUGCAGCAUAACAGCUGUCUCACCUGGACCUGAGCAGUCGCCCUGUCACAAUUUUUACUGCAUCAUUUCCUUUGUGUGUCCUGGUCUGGCAGUGUUGCCUACAGGAGUGUUUGCUUUGUUGUGUCCAGCCUCUCCUUUUUCCUUCCUGUUACUGCCUCGGUAAACCUACUCUGGCUGCCAAAAAAGCAAUCGUAACAGAUUUAUAAACAGCAGAGUGCUUUUAGAGCUCUUCCAAAUGUUGACUGAAGCUUUUUUUUUUUUUUUGAUAAACCAAUAUAAAAAUUAUGUAAGAUACUGUGGUAAGCCCUUGAGCCAGCUUUGCUUUGAAUAUUCCAGUCCUUCAUUUGUAUCUGACAACAAACCGAGAUGUGCAAAUUACAGUAUGUAAAAUACUCAGUAUGUGAAAUACUGCAGAAAGCUUCUUGUAGGAUCUCUCUGAACUUUUUUGUUGACUGGAUAAAGCAAAAUGAAUGGAGUUUUCAGUAGACUAACAGUUCUAUAAAAUUCUGGGUGUAUGUCACAACAGCUUUUGCUUUGACAAAAAAAAAAAAAAAA